CGCCUGGGCUCUGGAGCUCUUGGGCCAUCGCGCCAGGUUCAGUUACCAAUUUCGUGUGCAGCCGUGCGGUUUGACUGCGGCAUGGCGUGGAAAAAGUGAGCAAACAGCGAUCGAAUGGAAAUAUAGUCACAGCCAGGCGAAUCCCAGCUCUAUAAUGUGUGCUCAGUUGAGUGGAUCAGUGGUGGUGCCGGUGCCGGUGCUGGUGCAGCUGCAGGUGCAGGUGCAGGUGGCUGUGCUGAUGGUGGUGCUAGUGGUGCUAUCCGCGCCGCCGUUCAGUGAAAGUGCCCAGCUCCCUGUCCGCCGGCAUGCCGCUGGAGUGGAUUUCUUCGAGCAUGAGUUCACCAGUGUGGCGGAAGGUGAAUACGAUCCUUACGGACCCGACAUCGGGGACGACGAUGUGGGAAUCGACGAUCCGGAGACCAUGCCCCGCCUGUUCCAAGGAGAUAUUGCCAUUGAUCCGUACACCUACAUCACCCUGCGCCUGGGCGUCAACCCCAUGAGACAUCCCAAGCGCCUGUGGCCCAAUGGAACGAUUCCCUUCGAGAUAAGUCCACGAUACGCAAAUCCCGAGAGACAGGCUAUAAUUCAGGCCGUGAAAACCUUCAACUCGCUAACGUGUGUGCACUUUGUGCCGUACGACGGGGAGGUAGAGGACUACCUGUUGAUCGAGCCGCCGGUGGAAGGACCCCAAGGAUGUUGGUCCUACGUGGGCCGCAGAGGAGGAGAGCAGGUGGUGUCCCUCCAGAGACCCGAUGAAAACAGUGCCCACUGCUUCAGCAGCGAGGGAAGAAUAAUGCACGAGCUCAUGCACGCCAUAGGCAUAUACCACGAACAGUCCCGAGCAGAUCGGGACAACUUCGUCAAGAUCCACUGGGACAACAUCGUGCCGCGGUUCAGGAAGAACUUUAAGCUGGUGUCGAAGAAGAAGGGGAAGUACGCCUUUGACUACGACUACAACUCCGUGAUGCACUACGGCGAGUUUUACUUCAGCAAGCGCAAGGGCGAAAAGCCCACCAUGACUCCCUUACAACCUGGCGUUAGGAUCGGACAGCGGAAGACCAUCAGCAAGAUCGACUGCCUCAAGAUCAACGAGCUGUAUGGGUGCUUGCAGGGCCGUAGGGCCAAAAUGUACCGCAGUUUCUGCCACCUCCUCGGGUUGUAAGUGGAACUUGGCCAAGGGUCAUAUUAUGAAUCACAUUGAUUUGAUAUUUAAUAAAUUCGUUCGUACACUUUGACACAGAUUCAUUUGCCAAAGUGUAUUUGCCGUAUUGCAUUUGUUGGCUGCCGCAUCCAUUAAAUUUACCAAACUAUACAGAUCACUGGUUGGGCAAAGGCAUAUAGUUCGAUAAAAAGAAUCUUACAGAUAGAUGGAAAUAUGUGUGUUAUAUUCUUGAAUCUAUUAUGAUCAUGGUUAUAAAAUUCGUGAAUAUCGAACAAUGUGUGUCGAAAAUGUCUGAAGUCCGAUGAUUUACGACGAAAUCAUCGACAAAAGUCCAACGAUCAGAGACACUUAAAGAUAAACAAACGGUUUAAAUUAUUUUAAUCUCAUAUGAAUCUUUAAAGCA